UGCUUUGUGUCGCUAUCGCUUUCGGAUAUUGCACGACGAUGCUUUUUCGAUGACAGCGAACAGGCCGAGGGAUAUCUCCGUGAAAUGACUGAAGCAGGCAUAAUUCGUGCUCACAUCGACAAAGAGCUUGGCAUGGUCUAUUUCGAUCAAGUUAGAGUAUGUUGUUUAAUUUUUUUUUAA